AUGCCGGGACGGCUGAAUCAUCAUCUGCCAAUGCCUGAUGUUGACAGAGACAUCCACUCUGUUUCAGAAGAGUGGAAUAUGUAUCCGUUUCCACACGACGUGCGUGGCAUGCUUAAUAAUCCAGACAACAUGCCCAAUCUAGACGCUAUAAUACAGAGGAUGAAUCUUACAGUUGCCGCUUUUACUUCUAUCCUUGCCACUGCAACGGCUAGGGAGCAGUAUUAUAUUCUGGGUGAGAAUUUAUGUCCUCUUGUUGAGGAAUUGGAGCACGAUAAUGCACUAAAAAUUACAGGUAUGCUUCUGGAGCUUCCCCUGGCAGAAGUUCUGCAUUUGCUUGUAUCAGAGGAUGCUCUGAAUGCGAGAGUUGCCGAGGCUAUGGAAGUCCUGAUGGGAGCUCCGCUGGCUAGCAGCUCGGCUGACCAAGCAGAUUCACAUUCACCAGUGAUAACCUUGUUUCUUGGGUGCCUUUCGUGGUUUGGGGCCAUCUGGAACCAACUCUUUUCUAGUGAGGCUACAAGAAACUAG